AAGAAAAAAGCUUUAGGAAUUUGGACCUGUUACCGAGGCUGCUGUCGCCAUGUUCCUGUCCGCGGUCACCUUUGUCAAGACCAAGUCAAAAACAAUUCUGGUGAAAAUGUUGAGCCAAGCUGGAAGAGGUUUUUCCUUCAACACUAAGAGAAGCCGACUGCGGGAGAAACUGACUGUCUUGCAUUAUGAUCCACUAGUGAAAAAAAAAGUCCUCUUUGUGGAACAGAAAAAAAUACGCUCCCUCUAAACAAUGGAUUGAAAAUGAAUUUGAUUUAUAAAUGAGAAGACUGAGGGCGGGAUACUGAUUCAGAAAUUCUGCAGCGUGUAAUGAAAGAAGAGGAAAUGGCAUGGAAUCACUGCCUCCUGUGAUUUGAAGGCCAUUGUGAAGGAAAACAAUGCAGUGAAAGAAAGUUCUUCAUAUUAGGACAUAUAUCAUUGCAUCACAUUUAUUUAUCUUUCUGGAUAUUUUUAUAGCCCUUAAUAAAAAUAUUAAAAUAGCCU